AUGGCAUUAUUUACAUUUAUGCGCCGCAACUUGGUGCUCUCGACAUGUAUCGCUCUGCUUCUUGUGAUAUUCCUAUUCAGCCAUCCGAGCGUGGAUGCGGAGCGGCUGCGCAGUAUGAUUCCACAUCGACAGAGCGCGUCAGGACAGUCCGAGCGGAACGCUACCAAACCUGAGCAUGCUCUCGCGCAGCCGACGGCACUGCAUUCAGCACCCACGGGAUCGCCCAAAGUUGAAGCAAACGACCCGGGGCCCAAGCCAAAGCUGGGUCACGAAGGCGCCAAGAAAGUCCAAACGUCGCGGCUGCACUACCUGAUUCCGGCCAGCAAAGCAAACGUCCAGUUCUGCUACAACAUCGUCUCAUCGGCCGUCAACAGAUACCCUGUCCCCACGCUGCUUGGCUGGAACGGCACCAACGAGUUUGAUGCCGCCGUGACACACCUGGCCAAGCUGCGUGCCAUGCAACGAUAUCUCCGCGCCUUGCCCCCGCAGGAUGACAAGGAUCUCGUGCUCAUAGUCGACGGCUACGACAUCAUCCAGCAGCUACCGCCCGAAGUCAUCAUCCAGCGAUACUUUGAGAUUGCGGCCAAGGCCGACGCCCAGCUCGCCCAAAGGUUCAACAUCUCAGUCGAGGAGGCCAGGAGGCGCAACCUCCGCCAGACCAUAUUCUGGGGUCCCGACAAGGUCUGCUUCCCCUUGGACAACCGGGCGGCUCGCUGCUGGGCGGCGCCGCCCUCGACGUUGGGACCGCAGGCCUUUGGGCCGGCUUCGUGGAACGGAGAUUUCUACUUUGCGGAUCCGCGCUGGUUGAACUCGGGCACCGUCAUCGCCCCCAUCGACGACAUGAGGAAACUCAUCGACGCCGCCAUGGACGAGAUCGACGCCACGCACGACCCCGAGUACCAGUUCCGCGAGUCGGACCAGUACUACGUCUCAAACGUCUGGGGGCUGCAAGAGUACUGGCGAUCCAAGGCGGCCGUCAACGGCGGCGAGGUGCCAGGCGGACCCCCGGACCGCGUCAUUCCGCCCAAGCGGUCCGAGGGCCAAGACACGGAGUUUCACGUGGCUAUCGAGUACGAGUCGGCUCUGUUCCAGACAAGGGCUGGAUACGAACCCUUUAUCGGGUACUUGCAGUUCAACGAGAGCGGGCUCGCGGCCAACAUGAACGUCGACAUGUUUGGUCUGGGCGAGAAAUUCGUGCCGUACACCAUCCCCAUGCCCGAAAACGUGCACUCUGCCCUCACGAAGCUCUACGAUUCGAUACCCGACGCACACCCCGGGCAGCUCUCGAGCGACUGGAUCCGCACGGUCAACCUCGGGGUAAACUACAUCACCAAACACAUCUACGGUCUUUGGCACUGCACCGGGCCAAAGGAGUUCAUCGACAUGGAGUAUCCCACGUUUUGGUGGUACCCCUUUGUCAAGUCAUUGCUGAAGGCGGCGGUCAAGUCGUCCCAUGCGCAUGACCUAAUCUCUUCACUGCCCAUCGACGGGCGGAUGUGGACGGCCAAGACGGAAUACCCAGACCGCGAUAGCUUGCGCGGAGAAUACGGAGGUGCAUGGUCGGAUGAGGUUCCCGGAGGCAAGUAUGUGCCCUGGAGCGAGCUAUGCGGCGCACACGAGGAGGUUCUCUUUCGAGGCGAACAGGGUCCAAUGCCGCCGCCGCCGCCGCCGCCGCCACCACCACCACCACCUGGUCCGCUGGUGAAGCGGGUGGAAGUCAGGCGGCAAUGGUGA